AUGGCAUAUGUUGGGAACAUAUGUAAAAAAGGAGAUUCAGCAAGCAUCGUGGAGGAUAUCGGAGCAGCAGCCACGGCAGUCAUCGCAGCACAUGAGCUCGGUCACAGCCUUGGCGCAUUCCACGACGGCAAUCCAGAAGCGGAAGAUUGUGUGUCCUCGGAGAACUUCCUGAUGGCUUCAACCGUAUCUGGUUCUGGAGACUUCAAUCACUUUUCCCAUAGCCGAUUAAUGAGUCCAUGCAGUGUGAGAAGUAUUGAAAAGAACCUAGAAACACCUACUGCACAGUGUGUACGAAAAUUUGGUGGUCCUGACCGCGAGCACACGUCCACAUCACCACAAGAGAUUAUUUCUUUGACUCCAGGCGAAAUGAUUGGACUACGACAACAGUGCCAAAUAUCAUUCGGACCACAUUACGGAGUAUGCCCCAACAAGGAGUAUUUUUUGAGUCGUGAUGUGUGCGCUCGGGUUUGGUGUAAAGACAGAACCAAACGAAGGAGUGAACCAUGUGAAACGAAAACCUAUUUUCCAGCGCUCGACGGCACCGAAUGUGGCCGUAGCAAGAAAUUGGAAGCUGCAAACACCCUCAACUCGCAUAUUUUUGCUGAUUUCACUGAAGAAUUAGCAUGGAACGCAAACGCUUAA